GGUCCCAUUGUGGUUUGAGACCCUUCACCUUGAGUUUCUGCAGCCAAGAGUUGCAGAAUGGCUCUCUUCCCUUUUUCUUUCCCUCCAUAAAAUGCUAAUUCUGACUUUCAUCCCCAUCAGAUUUGAGAAGCCAACUGGUAUUUUCCAGGUGUAAGAGGAAUUCUGUUCCUGCUGAGUUGUUUUCUGUGGUUUUCCUUUUUUAAUUAUAUGAGUUUUUUACUGUGGAUUUCUUCAUUCAGAAAGAAUGACCUAAUGUGAGGAAAUUUACAACAACAGAUAGAGCGGCAGUUAAAAUGCUUGGCGUUUCAAAACCCGGGACCACAGGUAGCAGACUUUAAUCCUGAAACAAGGCAGCAGAAAAAGAAAGCUCGGAUGUCAAAGAUGAAUGAGUAUUUUUCUGUGAAAUACAAGGUCAGGAAGAAGUACGACAAAAGUGGCCGGCUGAUCUGUAACGACGCCGAUCUGUGCGAUUGCCUGGAGAAGAAUUGUCUGGGCUGCUUCUACCCUUGUCCCAAGUGCAACUCCAACAAGUGUGGGCCCGAGUGCCGGUGCAACCGUCGGUGGGUCUAUGAUGCCAUUGUCACCGAAUCUGGGGAGGUGGUCAGCACACUGCCAUACCCCGUUCCUGACUAGGAGCUGUUCCCUGGGAACAGCUUUGUUUCUUCUUUCUGUUUCUUCUUGACAGUGAAGCCAACCUCUUUCUCGUGGGUGGAUUUUAGGGCUUGGGGGAAAUGCUGGGAGAAGAUGCUGAAGGUUCAUGUUCUCUGAAACUGUAGAACAAUGUAGAAUGGGCAGUCGCUCCAAUGCCUUCACUUGUGACCAAAGGGUGACAGUGCAUGGUCUCAGCAUUGCCUCACCCGAACACCUCCGUCUCUGCCCUCAAGUCAAAAAUGUCUUUCGUCUUUACUGGUACCUGAGAAGACGUAGUUUUAAGAUGUUCAGAACUCUGUAGCUGAGUGCUCUCCUUACAGAGAACAUACAAUCAUAAGUUUGUAAGAGCUAGCUACCCUUCCAACAUUACACACCACAAGUUCCAAGUCCGACUAGCUUCUUGAAUUAAAAACACACCCCCACACCCUGUGAC